AUGAAACAACCUGAAGGUUUUGUGACACCAGGUCAAGAACACAAAGUUUGUAAACUUGUGAAAUCGCUGUAUGGACUGAAACAAGCUCCAAAGCAAUGGCAUGAAAAAUUUGACCACGUGAUGAUGUCAAAUGGAUUCAGCAUCAAUGAAUGUGACAAAUGCAUUUACGUCAAGAACACUCCCAGUGGGUACGUUUUGCUGUGCUUAUAUGUUGACGACAUGCUCAUCAUGGGCAGUAACAAGGAUAUAAUCCAACAAACCAAGAACAUGCUUAAGAGUCAGUUUGACAUGAAAGACAUGGGUCUUGCGGACGUUAUUCUUGGUAUUAAGAUCACAAGGACUUCUGAGGGAAUCACCUUAUCUCAGGAGCAUUAUGCUGAAAAGAUACUUGAGCGGUUCAAGAAGUAUUCGAAUGGAACUGCGAAAACUCCAGUGGAUACACAAUUGCACUUGACUAAAAACUCUGGAUUUUCACGGUCCUACAGUCUUAAAGCCCGUGGAAGCCUGACUAGCAACCUUGUUGAGCGCACCCUUGUUAGGGUUAAACCUGUCUUUCGGUUUGUUGCGAAAUUCAGCCACAUUCGCAUCAUGAGUUUGAACUAUUUCAGCUUUUUCACGCUUCAGUGA